CGCGCGGAGCCCCCGGCGCAGCCCGAGCGCCGCGGAGCCGCCGAGAGGUCACCGGUGAUCCCCCCGUCCCCGCCGGGAUGAGCCACCGCCACAGCCACCGCCGCGGCCCCCGGGCCGACAUGGUGCCCGAGAUCGCCGCCGCCGUGGGCUUCGUGUCCGGCCUGCUGCGGACGCGGGGCUGCGUCAGCGAGCAGCAGCUGCAGGUGUUCAGCGGGGCGCUGCGGGAGGCGCUGACAGAGCACUACAAACACCACUGGUUCCCCGAGAAACCCUUCAAAGGCUCCGGGUACCGCUGCAUCCGCAUCAACCACAGGAUGGACCCCAUCAUCAGCAAAGCCGCCAGGCAGAUCGGACUGAGCCUCCCACAGCUCUACCAGCUGCUGCCCAGCGAGCUCACGCUCUGGGUGGAUCCCUAUGAAGUCUCCUAUCGGAUCGGAGAGGACGGAUCCAUCUGCGUUUUGUACGAGGCGGCGGCCGCCAAAGCCCCCAGCUCCUACGGGAUGCUCACCUGCAAGAACCAGAUGAUGUUGGGCCGCCAAAGCCCUUCCAAAAACUACAUCAUGACUGUCUCCAGCUAAGAGAAAAAAAAAAAAAAAAAAAACCACAAAAAAACCCACAAAAAAAAAAAAAAGAAAAAAAAUCUCCUCUUUGUCCUUACACUGCCGAGACACAGGCUACUGUAAUACCUCAAGCUGAGGAUUUAUUUUUAAGAUGAAGAGCUAUUUAUAUUUUUUAAAAAAAAACCUCCAGAAAAUCCAAAAUUAAAAUACCAGGCGCCGUUCUGACCCGAGGCGGUGCCCCCAGGUGCCUUUUCUAAAGCUGUUGCAAGCUUGUGAGUUUUUUGGUUUUUUUUUUUUCCAUUUUUAUUAUUAUUGUGAAGCCGAGAUCUACCUAAUUUAGCGUUGGAUGGCGAUUUUGGGGCUGGUUUUGUUCACUUGGAAUGGGGGAUGAGGGGGAACAGCCAGGCUGGGCAGUGUGGCUGGGAUGUCACUUUGUCACCAUCCUGCUUCCCAGCGUUCCUGCCGCUCCUCCAGGUGUUGCAGGAGGGGUGGAGGUGCUGCUUUCCUCCCUCCCCGGCUGCUCUGAGYUCUGUGGGGCCUGGAUUUGGGGUUGGGUGACCCUGGGGACAUCRGGGAGCUGCCACUCUGCUCUGCCCCGCUGAUGGGGACACCCUUCCCUGGGGUGUGGAGUGCGGC